GGUGUGUGAACAGCGAACCACUAGAGACUCGUGAUACGGGAAGACUAACGGCAAACACAGCGAACUGUUGACGAAAGACUCCAAAUUUUUACAAGACUAAGAGGCAAGAGAGACGACGACAUGGCUCAGAUCAGAAUGAAUGCACUAUUGUUGUUCGCCGCAGUGGCUUUCGUAAUGAAAACCAAUGCUCUGGGUGGAUUAAAGUUCAAGAUGCAAAAUUUAGAAGACAAAGAGCAGGUAUCUCCAAGUUACAACGAGGAGUUAGACCAGCUCGCUUCCCUCUUGAGAAAAGAGACCUUGAAAGCCUAUUGUGAAUCCGAAAAAGCUAACACAGUUUGGUGUCAAUAUAAACAACUGCUUGAGCUGAACUCGGUCUACGAACAACAGCGACAGAAAUCGGUGAAAAAGAAAAGUGCCGGGAGCAUGUGCUGGCCCGGUCUUCCGUGGCCUUGCGACAAGAAACGGCUCGUUCCAGCUGCGAGAUCGGUACGGGCCGCCGAAAACGACGUCAACGACGACAACGAAGUCGUGACGGCCAAUCCCGAUGAUCCUACCGGAAACGAUGACGAUGAGGAAAAACGUGCGAUGAAAUGCCGCCCAGGUAUGGUGAAUUGCCGCGGGAAAAAGAAAGGGAAACGUACAUUAUCACCACCUGCAGUUAUGAACACACAAGUUAAAGGUGACUGCCCACAAGGAUGGCUCUUUUGUUUGUAAAAAAACGUUGUUUUGAACGGUAUUUGGAUGGAACUGUCGGUUUGGAAAACGUUUAAGUUAUAAACUAAUUACACAUAGAUAUUUAUGAGUUACAUUUUAGAUGAUUUCACUACAGUAGUUUACUUAUUUAAUUCUAGUCGUAUGCUUAAUCAUGCUAAUGUAUUAUUUAUAACUGUUUAUACAUAAUUAAUAUUUUGUAUUAUCUUUAAGAUAAGUUAUACAGUAGUUUUGUUUGUAAAACGAGUUCGUUUUGAAUAAAAGUAUCAUUGACAUUUUUAGCUUAAACCCACGAGUAUGCUUUUACGUAUCGUGCAUUCUCAU